UCGCCGUUUGUAGCCCCCCCUCUCCCUCUCAGGCCAUUUGUGUCAAUAAAAACGCGCUAUCUCUCUCUCUCUCGACCCUCUUUCUCUUCUCUUUUCUAUAUUUAGCAACCCAAAAUAAAGCCCCUUUCUUUUUAUCUAGAGAAAUUAAGAAAGAAAGUCCUUUGCUUUUCUUUUAAAACCUGACCAUCGACAUCGGUUCUUGAUUUCAAAGACUCAGGUUUUUUGGUUUCUUUGGGGUUUUUGAUCAAUUGGGUCUUUGUGUUUUCAAGAGAAAAUUAUAAUGGGAAGAGGAAAGAUUGAAAUUAAGAAGAUUGAGAAUACAAAUAGCAGGCAAGUCACGUUUUCAAAAAGAAGAGCCGGGUUGCUUAAAAAGGCUCAAGAGCUUGCCAUUCUCUGUGAUGCUGAGGUUGCUGUAAUUGUUUUCUCAAACACUGGCAAGCUUUUUGAGUUUUCCAGUUCUGGCAUGAAGAGAACACUUUCGAGAUAUAACAAGUUCUUAGAUUCCCCAGAGCAGCCUAAAAUAGAAUACAAGGCUGAGAAACCAGAUUUGAAAGAGGUCGAUGUUCUAAAAGAAGAAAUUGCAAAGCUACAAGUGAAACAGUUGCGACUUUCGGGAAUGGACCUGACUGGAUUGAGCUUAAAAGAAUUGCAACAACUAGAAAAUCAGUUAAAUGAAGGGUUGUUAUUCGUGAAAGAGAAAAAGGAGCACUUACUGAUGGAACAAUUAGAGCAAUCAAGAGUACAGGAACAGCGGGCCAUGCUGGAGAAUGAAACUUUGCGCAGACAGAUUGAGGAGCUUCGAGGUUUCUUUCCAUCAACUGAUCAUCCAGUCCCAACUUAUCUUGAAUACUAUGCGACAGAAAGGAAGAAUCCUCCCAUAGACAAUGGCGCCACAAACCCUCCUGUAGCCCACUAUAUUUGCUCCAUUGAGAAAGUCGAUUCAGACACAACUUUGCAUUUAGGGCUGCCAACUGACACCAAUCGCAAGAGGAAAGCACUAGAAGGAGAAAGCCAUUCCACUGAUUCAGAUAGUCGACCGAGCCUGCUGUAAAUUUAUCCUUCUUGCCGUUCUCCUGUAAUGUUAAUAUAGCCAACAAAACUGAAAAGAAUAUGCCGCAGUUGACUAAAGUUUCUCUUGAGACAUCAGUUUGGCCAAUCAAAAGAAAAUCAUGAAAAUAGUGGGUUGCGGA